AAUUGAUUGGAAAAAAAAAGGAGGAAAACUGAGGAAACCAAUAAGCAAGAUCGAAGCUUUAAGACAAGGAGCAAAAGCUCAAACAUUCAACUCCAACCAGCAAAUACGAGAAAGACACGAAGCGCAAUUCAAGAUUUUGGUUUAUCCUCAAUACACACACGGAGUUUCGGAACAGAAGUUUGCGUGAACAGGAGGAUCCCUGUGCUGUUUUCUUCAGAUGAUUUUGAUUGAAAAUUGAGGGCUCUUUGUGUGAAGUUUUUUUUCUGAAGGAGAUGAGAUUUGGUUUUGCACUAAAAGGAAAGAGCUUAAAUUCAAAUCAGUUAUUAGAUUGUUUUUUUUCUGUCUGAAGGGCAAUAGAAGCUAAGAGAGUGCACUCUUCUCUUUUGUUUUUUUUGGGGAUACAAAAAAAAGUGAGAGUAAGAGUCAUGCAGGGUUCUCAAGAUGAGAGGAUUAAUCUCGGUGAACUGAAAGGUCAUAUAGUUAAGAAGAUUGGUGCUGAAAGAUCCAAAAGGUACUUUUAUUACCUGAGUAGGUUUCUGAGCCAGAAGCUGACCAAGAGCGAGUUUGAUAAGACAUGUUCCAGGCUGUUGGGAAGGGAGAAUCUCUCUCUACACAACCAGUUGAUACGUUCAGUCUUGAGAAACGCUACUGUCUCCAACUCCCCACCGCCAGUUCGUCUGACCAAACGUAUGGCUAAUGGUCCGGAACAAAGUGGGUCUUUAGCUCCUAACCAUUGUAAUCAGAACGACACUGUUUGCUCCAACGGAGUUAUUAGCUCCAAGAGGAAGAUGAGGGAUAGUCUAGUAGGGUCAAAUGGGAAGGUUGAACAGCCAGUUUGUAGAGAAGACAGAAGAGGUGGUGAUCAUCAUAGAUUAGGAAGAUAUGGUGCUGCUGAUGAAAGAGAGGGUGAGUUUCUCCGUCCCGUUGCAAAACUGAGAAUACCAUGUGAAGAACAGGUUGCAACUGUAGCUGUGAGAGAUGAUGAAAGUCAAGAGGAACAGGCGAGGGCAAAUCUGUUAGCUAGUCCUCUGGUUGCACCUAUAGGGAUUCAGUUUAGUUCAGCUAGUGUUGGUGGUUGUUCCGGUAGAAAAAUGGUUCCCGUCUCAACCAGCGCUGACGUAAUGAGUGGUGGGUUACCAGACACAGAGAUGCUGAGGAAAAGGAUGGAGAAUAUUGCAGUAGCACAUGGUCUUGAAGGGGUUUCUACUGAGUGUGCUAAUACGUUGAAUGCUGUGUUGGAUGUUUAUCUGAAGAAGCUGAUCAAAUCGUGCGUUGAUUUGGUCGGAACUCGGUCCACAAAUGGAAUAGAACAAGGUUUAGACAAGCGUCAGAGUCAGAAGAUGGUUAACGGUGUGCAAAUACAAACUCCUGGCAGAGGACAAGAUGAGCAUUAUGUGUCUCUGGUUGAUUUUAGAACCGCUAUGGAGUUGAAUCCACAACAGCUUGGGGAAGACUGGCCAACACUCUUGGAGAGAAUCUCCAUACGGUCUUUCGAGGAACACUGACUUCUGAGGUGCGAAAGAUAGUGAAAUCAUCAGGCAUGCAAGAGAUGAUGAAGUUAUGAGUUUCUGAGCUGGAGAGAGCACAUCAUCAGCAGACCUCAGAGAAGGUUAGUAGAUUUAAUUUUCGAAAUGCAACUAAUCCCUAAAGAAUCUGUAUAAAGAAAGAUACGUGUUGUAAGAAUUAGCAACCUCAAAGAGCUUUGGAGCCUUUGUGUGUAUACUACUACUGAGUUUUGGCAAGAGAUACUGAGUAAGGUACAAAGUCAAAUCAUGUAAUAGCUAGCUGGCUGCACUUUGCUCUAUAUGCAACCCUAGUGUUUACAAUUCAUAUCUUAAAUAACAAAUUUGACAUUCCCUUUUUGUUCUCUCAUAUCAAUUGGAAAUUUCGUUUAUACAGAGUCCACAAUGAAUUUGCCUCCGUUGUCCAUUGUAUCCUGUCUAUUGCAAGUUUCUAUAUGUUGAAAUAAGAUUUAUUCAAGAAUUUGUAGUUUAUUCAUGUUGACAUCUUUUGCCUUUUAUGUUUACGGGGUGGGGUGCCUCACUUGGGUUAGAACAGGAUUGGUUUUAUUCUUAAUAAGUAUGGGAUACAAACUUAAUGGCUACGAUAUUAGUUGUUAGAGUAUUGGUUUUUUUGUCCUAUAAAGGAAUGUUGAAGGAUAUCAAUGCUAGAAGAAUUUAGCCAAUAGUAGUAGUCAUCUUCAGACAAGGCUCUCACUCUUUGGAAACUUGCUACAAUGCAUUGGUUUGUCUACAGAAGCGGGCAACUGUUUCUGGUGAGUUCUUUCUUGAACUUUUAUGACAUCUAAUUUGUGCCACCAUUAAAAAGCCUUCUCAACUUGCUUAAAUUACGAUUAUAUAACCUGCAAUCCCCUAAAAGAUUCUGCACUUUUAUUAUAUCCUGGAAUUUGGAUCUUUCUGAUGAUUAUAGAAUAAGAAUACUCUAAUGCGUGGUUUUUAGACAGAAGAAAAACUAAUCAGUACUUCUCCUUACAAAACGGAGCACCAGAGUCUUCAUCUGUAUGCUCUAUUGGAUAGUAUUCCAGGAGACACUGACAAGAGGGUGCUACUCACUGACCCUAGACAAAGGUUCGCUUUCAGGUAUUUUGAUAACUCUUCUUAAGUGAGAGUAUUCAGAGUAGUACUAAGCAGAGCAUGAAACUCUUUCCUUGUUGCUGAAACUUGAUGUCAUGGUUUGAGCAUUCAGUUGUCUCAGCCAGAUAUAUCUUACCUAUGUCUUUACCUUUUUGCCUUUUGCAGGCCAGGAACAUUCAAUGUUUUUUUUUUUUCUCACUUAAUCGUCUUCCUUACCUAUACCGUUCUGUCUUUCGUAGUACAUAAAAGUAGAACAAAAUGUUUAACUCGGGAACUCUAAAUGUUUGCUCAAUUUGUCUGGUGAUGUUUCAGCAUUAUUCAGGUCGUAGUUGUUUGACAAAAGCAGUGUGUCCCGUUAUGUUUGUGCUCGAUUUUCGUUCUAUAUAUGUUUUGUAAUUAAAAAGAAAAUCUAUCUAUCCAUUAUUACUGCA